CAAUUUCCGCUUAUCACAGCAGUAAACACACAACAUCAACAAUAAACACGCAGCUAUUACGCAACCUUGAGCUCAUAUCCACACCAUAAUGGCGACAAAGAGGCUGAUGAAGGAGUAUAACUCCAUCCAGAAGGCCCUAUCAGACACGCAGGAGUACGAGAACAUCGUGUCGCUUGAGCCCACGGGAGACCUCUUCUCCUGGUGUGGAGUCAUUAGGGGACCAUCGAACUCUCCAUUCCAAGCAGGAACUUGGAAGAUUAAGAUCGAGGUGCCUCAGAACUAUCCCAUCGCACCGCCUAAGAUGAAGUUUGUGAACAAGCUGUGCCACCCCAAUGUGAACUUCCAGACCGGGGAGAUCUGCCUGGACAUCUUGCAGAACCAAUGGACACCAGCUUGGACACUAUUGACCACGAUGUCCGCCAUUCUACUGCUGUUACAGGAUCCAGAGCCGACGAGUCCGCUGAAUAUUGACAUCUCAAACUUGCUGAAGAGCGGCGAUAUCAAGGCCUACAAUGGUCUUAUCCGUUUCUACACACACAAGUAUGCUAUCGACUCAGUUUGACACCAUUUCAUAACAAGAGACAACACUAAUAUAAAUACCCUUUCCUAACA